AUGAAUCUACCUGACUCAAGAGUCAGUCGUUCUGCUUCUGUAGCGAGCGAUGCUGAGCGAGAGAGAUUGCGAGAGCUGUCGAAAUAUUACGGCGCCUUCGGUCGAGCAAGAUCUUCAUCGUUGGCAUCUUUCAGGGACAAUGAGAGGAGGAGUAUACCAGAAAAUGACGAUCCUCAACACCAGGAUGAACAGCUGUCGAUUGGCACCCUAUCCGAGGAUAUUACCCUCACGGCACUGGCACAACUAGGUAUCUAUCGUUUGUCAUGCAACAGAUCGUUCGUUUCAAUCAUCGAUGGCGACAGGCGGCUUAUAAUCGCGGAGGCAACGGGCUCUGUGCCCACCAGCCAAGCUGAUCAGCACACCAUCAAUGAUGAUAUCUAUACUAUCGCUCUCUUCACCGGCCAAGAUCUUGCGCAUGAAAUGGAUACCCCGAACAUCACUGCCAACCAGACACGCUAUAUCAUUCGCGAUUGUACUCAAGAAGAUUGUUUCAAAGGCCGAUCCUUUGUUCGCGGUACGCAGUUUUACGCCGAGGUCCCUCUUUACGGUGUCUCUGGAUAUGUCAUUGGAUCUUAUUGUGUAGUCGAUGAAAAACCACAUGCUGGUUUCAGUGAAGUUGAUUUUGCUAAUCUGCAAGAGGUGGCCAAUGCCAUUGCACAGCAUUUGGAAAAUGUUCGGAUGAUCCAUUAUCAUCGUCGUGGUGAGCGCCUAGUUACAGGCCUGAUGAAUUUCGUCAAAGAUAGUGCAGAUUUCGAUCCUCGGGAGGUUUCUAGCGAUCACCGGCUGGCGUCAACCACCAAAGCUUCCAAUUCAGAAGUUCCACCUUCUCCUGCUUUUCCUGAUUCAUCGGUGCCAUCAAGUGGAUUUAGCGCAUCUUCAUUACCUUACGGGUCCCCCUCCAUUUAUUCCACGACACCGGGGGAUGAACAUAGUCUCGAUGAGGUUUUAAGACCCACAACUGCGAACCAUUCCCUCUCUUCAAACACAUCUCAAGCCUCAUUCACCGAGGCUAUCCCGAUAGCAGAUCGAAUCUCGAAUAUCUUCUCCCGUGCUAGCAUCUUACUCAGAAAGUCCAUGGAUCUUGAUGGUGUGGUCUUUCUAGAUGCAGCCCGGAGUAAUUCCUCAUUCCUAUCUGCUGAGAACCAGCCUGGCUGGGAGCCACUGCCAAGAACUGUCGUUUCGGAAUUUCCCUCAGCCCCUCGUCCCACACCCAUGGGUCGAGAAGACUGGGAGUCUGAUCAAUCGGAUGUUUCUUGUGACAUUUUAGGCCUGGCUCUCAAAGGAAAUACCGACAAUGUACUUCAUCAAAGCCAAGAACAAAUCACCCAAGGCUUGUUAGAUAUGCUGGUUACGUAUUUCCCGCAAGGCCAGAUUUUCCGGUUAGCAGAGACAUUGGAUGAAGGAUACAUUUCUCAUAGCUCGCAAACUGUGAGUAUAGAGAGUGUAUCCCUGCAGCUAAAGAGGAUGUUGCCUGGUGCAAAAUCCGUCCUUUUUCUUCCCUUGUGGGACUACCACAAGUCCCGCUGGAUGGCAGGAACGCUUGUUUGGACUCAUGAUCACCACCGUGACUUGGGCAUAGAAGAGCUGCACUAUUUCAAAAUAUUUUGCGAUUCGAUCGUCUCGGAAGUUUCCCGGGUGCACUGGAUCACUAUUGAGACGUCUAAGUUUGAUUUUAUCUCAUCUGUUAGCCAUGAACUUCGUUCUCCACUGCAUGGUAUACUGGCCAGUGCUGAGCUGCUGCAUGCUGGACCUUUGGAACCCGGUCAGGAGGAGAUGGUCAGAAUGAUUGAGACAUCGGGUCUGACCUUGCUUGAUACAACCGAUCAUCUACUGGACUUUUGCAAAAUCAACAAUCUAUCGCAAAGAAAGAAAUUGAAAAAGAAGUAUAACAGCAGCGACACCUCAAGUCUCAUCUCCGACUUCGACCUUGGGCAUCUGGUUGAGGAAACCACGAACAUCCUCUACACCGGCCAACGGCCUCCUACGCCAGUUAUCAGUCCUUUAAAUGAGAAUUUACUCAGCGUUGAUGGAACAAGGCCAGUCAACAGUCGAAAUAAAGCUGAUGAAAUGUCAGUCGUGGUACGGAUUGAACAACUUGAAUCCUGGAAAAUUCUGUCGGAAGCUGGAGCGUGGCGCAGAAUCGUCAUGAAUCUAUUGGGCAAUGCAAUAAAGUGGACCAAGACCGGUUUUGUUGAGAUAUCUCUGUCGAAAGCAGUGAACCCAGCCGAGCCUAAUGGCCUUCUUGCGCAUCUCUCCGUCACAGAUACGGGCCGUGGGAUUUCGCGCUCUUUCCUACGGCACAAACUCUUUUCUCCCUUUACUCAGGAGGACUCGCUGGCAGAAGGCGUUGGUCUAGGCCUCAGUAUCGUGCGACAAGUUGUGGAAUCACUUGGAGGCCACAUCAACGUCCGAAGUGAGUUGAAAGUUGGAACUCAAGUCGACGUCUAUAUCCCAGUUCAAGCAUCGAACGGUCAUCGACCCCACACCAGCUUGCACGAUCACAUUCCUACUUGCUCACGGGAUACACCCACGAAUUUACAGGCGUGCAUAGUGGCGUUCAAUGGAUACCCCGAUUUGAAAGAAACACCGACUGGAAUGCUGACCGCUGAGGCUAAACGAAAGCUGUCAAUUCAAAGCACCAUUGCCGACGUGAUCAUGUCCAGGUUUGGAUGGAGCGUGUCUUUAGUAGAAUCGCUCGACAAUGCGGAAGGAGAUGUUGCCGUGAUUGAUGAGGCAAUGCUCAUGAACGCUACAGGAGGCUCCCGAAGUCUAGAAAAUCUGACAUCUCAGCAGGGCCCGAAAUUAUUCUUGAUCCUCAGCAGCAAGACACCCUUCUUGGAGACUGGCCCAUUACCAAAUGUGGUUCGGGUGUCUCAGCCAUUUGGCCCUUACAAAAUUCAAAAAGCAGUCCAGAAGCUUUUGAAAACCAAGGAUAUGCAACUGCAUUCAGUUUCAAACCCAGCUCUUCUUCUUACCCCUUCAGGGUCCCACGAUCGCCCAAUCUCGAGCCUUUGCAAUGCUGAAAACGAUCUCUUGUCAUCAGUGGCCAAUGAAACAUACGAAGUCGCGCCAGUAACUUCAAUGAGUGAGACCAAUCUCAGGCAUGUUCUUGUGGUGGAUGAUAAUGAGAUCAAUAUUAAGAUUCUCACAACAUUCCUGCGCAAGAUCGGCUGCUCCUUUGACACAGCCACUAAUGGUCUGAUCGCUCUCCAACAAUACCAGGCUUCCGAAAAGCCCUACGAUUUCGUUCUCAUGGAUGUAUCAAUGCCAGUUAUGGACGGUCUCGAGUCAACAAGGAAGAUCCGCCAAUACGAGCAUGAGAGGGGUCUCAACCCCUCUUGUAUCAUGGCUGUUAGCGGAGUGGCCUCUGACACAAUGCAACAACAGGCCGUACAGGCCGGGGUAAACGACUACCUCUGCAAACCACUAUCACUUCAAAAACUCAAAAAGAUAAUGAAUUUUUCACGACCCCAGCUUCAUCGAGGGAAUUAG